AUGGCCGAACCCCAGCCUACGACGGCCGAUCUAUCUCCAGAGCAACUUCGUCAACGCAGGGAGAGCCUGACCACUGUCGAGCUGCGCGACUCCAAAGGCAGAACCCGCAGCGUAGCUGUUGAAGACCUGACUGAAGCGGACAAGGCGCUCGCCGCAGAGUUUGGGUACAAACCAGUCUUCAAGCGCGAGUUCGGAUACCUUGCCGCCUUCUCGUUCGCCGUCAGUAUCUCUGGAACAUUUUCGACCAUCUCUACGACCUUUGUGUACCCGCUUGAAGCCGGCGGCAGCGCGUCUGCUGUCUGGUGUUGGCUAAUCUCGGGCGCUGGCUGCAUGUGCAUCGCUCUGUCUGUCUCCGAACUUGUCUCUGCGUAUCCUACGUGCGGUGGACUUUAUUAUACCGUCAGUCGGCUCGCACCAAGAGAAUGGGUCCCGUCUAUCAGCUGGGUUACUGGAUGGCUCAAUCUUCUCGGCCAAGUCGCCGGGGUGGCUUCCUCAGAAUGGGGUGCUGCCGCCCUACUGCUUGCCACCAUUUCGAUCGGGACCGAUUUCCAAUAUGAGCCUACCACUGGUCAGACUGUCGGCGUCAUGGCAGGUCUCACCGUGCUAACUGGCUUGGUGAACUCGCUAUCCACCUACUGGAUGGAAAAAAUGACGAAAAACUACGUGAUCUUCCACGUUCUAGUCAUCAUCACCUGCAGCGUCGCGCUCCUGGCCAUGGCCCAGCCAAGCAACGGCACCCCCAAACACACCGCCAAAUACGUCUUCACCGACAUUCACAACGUCUCCGGCUGGACACCAAACGGCUGGUCAUUCCUCUUCGGCUUCUUAUCCGUCAGCUGGACCAUGACGGACUACGACGCUACCGCCCACAUCACGGAAGAAAUCCGGGAGCCCGAAAUCAAAGCCCCCUGGGCCAUUAGCUUGGCCAUGCUCUUCACCUACGUCGUCGGCUGGCUCUUCACCAUCGUCCUCUGCUUCUGCAUGGGCGACGUGGACCAUAUCCUCGGCUCAAAGAUCGCACAGCCCGUCGCGCAGAUCUUCUUCGACGUCCUGGGCAAAUCAGGCGGUAUCGUCUUUUCGCUCUGCGCCUUCGUCAUCAUCAAGUUCGUCACGUUCACGGCUAUGCAAGCGCUCGGCAGGACUGUGUUCGCCUUCUCCCGCGAUCGCUUGGUGCCCUUUUCCAACGUCUGGACGAAGAUUUUGCCAUUGACCGGCACCCCGAUCCUGGCUGUCUGGAUCAGCGUCUGCUUUUGUAUCGCGAUCAACCUCAUCGGUCUUGGGUCUUACACCGCCAUCCUGGGUGUCUUCAACGUGUGUGCCAUUGCUUUGGACUGGAGCUACUGUAUCCCGAUCUUCUGCAAGCUCGUCUUCGGGACCUUCACGCCCGGGCCGUGGCACCUGGGGAAAUUUAGCUGGGCGAUCAACGUAUGGGCCUGCAUUUGGACAUUCUUCGUCAGCAUCAUCUUCAUCAUGCCCACAAUCAUGCCGGUUACACCUGCCAACAUGAACUAUGCCAUCGUCUAUCUCGCCGGCAUCCUCGCAUUCUCCACCAUUUACUGGUAUGUCCGGGGCAGAAAGUUCUACACUGGACCUCUCAUCGAAGCUGAGGUGGACAUGGCUGCGGAGGGAGAGCGGAGCAGCGAGGAGGUCAUGCAUGAUAAGAAGAUGGCUGGCGAGGGUAGGCAGCAAGAUGUUUGA